AUGAGUGAGUCUCAUGUUCCUGCAUGGAAAAGAAUUAACAUUAUUAAACAAGCUCAAGUCGCCAAAGGUGAGAGUUUAGAUGAUGAUCCUUUGAACGUAACUACACAUCUAGCCACUGGUUCAUUGACCAAAAAACAAAAGAAACAUAUUAUUAAUAGUUCUAGCAAUGCAAGCAAGGAUAACAAAGUUACAAAAGUUAAAAAAUUGAAGAAUAGAAAGAAAGAAAAGAAGAAAGAUGUUGAAAAAGCUAAAGUUUUGAAAGAUCAAUUAAAAUAUUUAAUUGAUUUCCAUCUUGAUAAAAUCAACGAUUCGCUACCUGAACAAAUAUCAUCAUUGGAUUACGUGAAAAGCAAUAUAAGUUCUCUUAAUAAUGGCAACAAUAACAAUAUUGGUGGUAAUGAAAUCAAAGAAGUUUGGAAAUUUUCAAAACAAAAACAGAAUUGGAUAUUAAAACAUUUUUUCAAUUUUGAAGAGAUACCAAUAGAGUUUGAUGAAUUACUAUUUGAAUAUUUCAAAGACAUGACAGGUAAUUCAAAGAAUGAAUUAGUCAAAAGAUGCCAAAAUAAAAUAACGGAAUGGAAUGAUUACAUAGAAAAACAAGAAAUAAUAAUGCAAAAACUUGUUGAAGAAUCAAACCAAAAGGAUUCAGAACAAAAACCUGAAAACGAAUCAGAAUCAAAAUCAGAAUCAAAAUCAGAAUCAAAACAAGAACUAGAGUUGGUACCUCCGUCAAAGGAAGCAAUUACCAGAUCCAAAAAUAUGGUAACAAUAUGGAUAGAUUUAUUGAAAGAUGCUCCAAAUAAAGAAGAACAUAUAAAAGAAAUAUCGGAUCUUGAAUCAUCUUUAUCAUUGAAAAAUUUUGAACAAAACUAG